AUGUCGAGCAUCUACAACACCGAGCCGCAGCCUACGGCUUCCGUGAUCCUGCAUACUACCCACGGUGACCUGUCCGUCGAGCUCUUUGCCAAGCAGACGCCGCUCACAUGCCGAAAUUUCCUGCAGCACUGCCUCGACGGCUACUAUGACGGCACGAUCUUCCACCGACUCGUCCCAGGUUUCAUCUUACAAGGUGGUGACCCAACCGGCACGGGAAAUGGCGGCGAGUCCAUCUACGAUCGAGGCGCCUUCAGCGGGGACCUGGACCCAUGGCCAAUGGACCAGCGGCGAGGCAAAAAUGCCGGCCCGACCGGUGUCAACUUCAAGGAUGAGUUCCAUUCACGGCUGAAGUUUAACCGCAGGGGUUUACUGGGCAUGGCAAACGAGAGUUUGCCGGAUACGAAUGGGAGCCAGUUCUUCUUCACGCUGGACAGGGCAGCGGAACUGGACGGAAAGAAUACCAUGUUUGGGCGGGUGGCGGGUGAUACGAUCUACAAUUUGGCAAAAAUGGGCGAGGCCGAAGUGGACGAGGCAUCGGAGCGGCCGUUGUACCCGACCAAGAUCAGAGGGGUGGAAGUGCUGGUCAAUCCGUUUGAAGACAUGAAGAAGCGGGAGCGCAUUGCGCAACGGACAACCAGGCCAGCCGUUGCAGCGAAGAAGAGGGACAAGAAAAGGAAAGGUGGGAAGCAGCUUCUCAGCUUCGGCGAUGAAGAAGGCGAGGGUGAUAUUGAACCUCUACCCAAGAAGCCCAAGUUCGACACAAGAAUCGUCAUGAUUGACGACGAGGACGAGAACAAAGAGCCUAUGCCUCCGCCCCCGCGAACGAAAGCUGCCCGGAAGGAGGAGGCGAAGGAUGAAAGGACCGUCCCCAUACGAGAAACAGCUGCGCGGCAGGCAACAUCCCGUGAGCCCUCGCCUCCGCCCCCGCCAAAGUCGACCAGAAAAAGUCUGGAGAAAGUGAAGGUGAAGAAUGAAAUUGAACUGUCACCCGAGCCAGAGUCGCCAAAGAAGAAGACCGAGCUGGAGCGCACAAAUGAGGAGAUUGCUGCGCUGAAAGCCUCUCUGAAGAAGACUGUUCACUCAUCAGAGCCAUUCCAGGAGGAGAAGAAAAAGUCCGCUCUGGAGCAGAUGAUACCCGCAUCAGCAACAAGAGGCCGCAAGAGGAAGCCCGGCGGCAGUAAUAUAACAGCGGCUGAAGAGAGGAAGGCGCUAAACUUUCUCAACUCGUUCAAGGCAAAAUUGGACCAGGCACCACCAGAGAAGGCUGCCGAGGAUGCGUCGAAUACAGAAAUUGGCAAGGACAAGGACGCAGAGGGCGCAACCGAAGAAGACGAGGUCUGUGAUCUGCACUUUGUUGCCAACUGCCAAAGUUGCCAGGCAUGGGACAAGGCGGAAGCCAAAGACGACAGUGAUGACGAGGGCUGGAUGUCGCAUUCCCUUAGCUUCGCAGCAGACAAGUUGGGUAAAGACCUGACAUAUCGCAAGAAGGCAGAAGAAGAGUUGGUAGUGAUCGACCCACUGGCAAAGGCGCGCGACAUCAACACGGAGCGCAAGGGGAAAGACGGCCGAGGAGGAUCUUCUAGACGAGCCUGGGAUGACAUUGCAAAGAAUGCGCAAAUGGCUCGGGCAUCAUCGUUGGCAGGCAGAGGUGCGAAAUGA